AUGGCCGAGUACGAGAACGUUGCGAAGCAAUUCGUCGAGUUCUACUACAACUCCUUUGACUCGGAUCGCAAGACCCUCGCUGGUCUCUACGUGAGUCCUGCUAGCGAAGCUCCAUACAAGGAACGUCUAGUUAACAUGGCUGUGCAGCGAGACAACUCUAUGCUGACCUUCGAGUCGGCCUCCUCUCUUGGUGCCACCGCUAUCGUCGAGAAGCUUUCGGGCCUCCCCUUCCAGAAGGUCAAGCACCAGGUCUCGACUCUCGACGCGCAGCCCACCGUUGAGGGUGGUGUCAUCAUCCUGAUCACCGGGCAGCUCCUUGUCGACGAGGAGCAGCGCCCGAUGAACUUCUCUCAGACCUUCCAGCUCAUGAAGGAUGCUAGCGGCCAGUACUUCGUCUUCAACGACAUCUUCAAGCUUGUCUUCGGCUAG